GUCAGCGACGUCGGCGGCGCCAAGGCGCCGUGGCGUCGGGCGUCUGGGACGUGGCAUCAACGGCCCCAUCCGGCGCCGGCGGCGGGCGCCCGGCGGUCUUUGCGGCCGCCCGGGGGCGCAGAGGCCGGGCCUUUUCUUUCAGCACAAACGUCAGUUUGUAAAAGGGUGGGGCUGGACUCUGAGGAGUUUUCAGGCUUCUGUCUCGAAGGCGGUCUGACAGGCUCGGAAUUGCCAUCUUCCUCAGGCAAAUAGUUUUUCACCUUACAGCCAGCCGUGGCAAGGCCAAACCGCCCAGUUACCCGACUUCCCACAGUCUCAGCAGGGAGGAAUAAAUUUUUUUCAUCUAUAAUUUGGAAGCCAAGUCAGUAACAAAAUGAAACCAGUAAAGCAUCUGUUGACCACCAGUAACAAAUCAGCAACUGUUCCAGCAUUAACUACCAAAAAAGGACUACAUAAUUUACCAUUAUCACCUAAACUGAAGGAAAAACAUAAUGCAAAAUUAAUUCCUGAUAAAAUUGAACCAAUGGUUCUAAGAUCUCCACCAACAGGAGAAUCCAUUGUACGAUAUGCUUUGCCCAUUCCAUCGAGUAAGACAAAGAACUUACUACCGGAAGAUGAAAUGAUCGGAAAAAUUAUCAAACAUCUGAAGAUGGUUGUUUCCACUUUGGAAGAAACCUAUGGACACUGUGAUCAGAAUGGAGAAGAACCAUUUGUAAAGCGUGAACAUGAAGAAUUAUCUUUAUCUGUUGGGGAUGAUAUGAAUUCAUUCUUGACAUAUUGUUCACAAUUUGCAACUCAGCUAGAAGCAGCACUUAAAGAAGAACAAAAUAUUUUGGAAUCUCUUUUUAAGUGGUUUCAGUGGCAAGUCAAUCAGAUGGAAGAAAUAAGUAAAGAUCAAACUCUUUUACAAGCAGAGCCUCCAGAACCUGACAAAACAGUCACUUUAAAUAUUGCACAAAUAGUACGCCUUUUACAAAGAUUUGAAGAACUGAAGAAUCGCCUUAAACAGAGGUCUAAAUCCUCCUGGAAAGUCAUGUUGUCUAAAACCAUGGAUGAAGAAAAUCGACCAGAAGCAGUGAAAAGUUGUGAAGCGGUAGCACGGAAAAUUGAAGAAUUCAUAGAAGCCCACUCAACUGAUGAAUUUAAAGGUGUUUCUGCAACAGAACCACAAACUGCUCAUUCAAUGACUAAUCGAUUUAAUGCCAUGUUGAAAGUAUUUGAAAACCAGGCAAAUAUGUUGGAGAGAGCUGUAAAUGAUCAAGUUUUGUUAAAUGCUGAAUACAAACAGAUACAACGUGAUUUUCAGUUGUUAUCAGAAGAGAAGUUGGUGCUGGAAAAUGAACUACAAAAGUUGAAGGACACAGAGAAAACUAAGCCUACAAAUAAUCGAACAAAGAAAGCUGCGAAAACUGUGAAGAAAAAAGACAAAGGAAAAUCUGAGGAUUCAGAAAAGAAGAUGUCUCCAGAAAAAGAGUUUAAAAUAAAAGAAGAUUUGGAUCAAGUACAGAAAGUAGCACGUCUGGAAAUUGAGAACAAAGUCCUUCAGGAGCAAUUGAAACAGGCUUUACAGGAAGCUGAAAAAGCUAAGCAUCAACUUAACUAUUUCCUAAAUCAAGAGAGGAAGUUACUUAAAAGUGAGGGGAAAACUGAGACAACCAUGCGAGUGGGUAAUAGUCAAACAGAAGUUAAAGGUGAAGAUUCAAAAACUAUACCAUUGGAGAAGGAAACAAGAAAAUCACUGGUUUCAGAUUCAGGUGGACAGAGGGCAAGUGAUAAAAUCCAAGAAUAUCCACAGAUCACUGCCCAAAGCGGAAGACUGAUUGAAAAAAGCUCAGAGAAGAAACGAUCUAGCCCUGCUAUUUCAGAUCUUUCACAGAUCCUUAAGUCUCAAGAUGAAUCAGCAUCUUUAGAGAGUUCAAAUGAAGUUUCAGUUGCUGAAAACCAACCCAAUAAAUCUCCAUCAGAGACCCAUCAUAAAUCACUUACAACAGUAUCAUCCAGCAAAGAAGUUCAAGAUUCACUGUCUGUUGGAACAUUGGCUCAAAAAAAUGAAACAGUGAUGUCACCAUUCGUUUUACCUCCUGUUCUUACAGAAAGUAAAAAGGCUGAUGUUUCAGAAGAACAAUUACAAAAGAAGACUGAAGAACAAACUUACCAAGCACCAGAAAAAUCUCAAGCUUACAGUGAAGUUCCGGAUGAAAAUCUUAUGGUUGAAAAUAAAGAUUCAGUAACAAAAGUCCAAGUAGAACAAACGAAACAUAGAACUUCUAGUAUGGAAAGACGCAAGUCGACUCUUACAACCCCACAAUCGCCUGAGGACAUGGUUUUAGUUUCAAGAAGCCAAUCUGAAACUAAAAAUCUUGAAACUACCGGAAAUGAGAGUUUUCAUUCUCAUAAUGAUGUACCAGAAGAAAAUCUUAUGCUUGAACAAGACACAAAGUCAAAAACAGAAGUGGAAGUAAAGAAACAAAAAUCUUUCCAAGAUAAUCAACUCAAUACUCAUAAUGAAGUACCAAAUGAAAAGCUUGUAGUUGAACAUCAAGAAUCAAUGUCAAAAACCAAAUUGCAAGUAAAGAAACAAACUUCUACACAGCAACCACUCACCACUCAUGAUAAAGAUGAAAAUCUUACACUUGGGCAUCAAGACUCAAUGUCAAAAUCAGAAAUGCAAGUGAAGGAACAAAGAACUCUCAAAGGGCAAAGAAUUACUACUCAUGAAGAAGAACCAGGCAAAAAUCUUGCACUUGAACGUCAAGAUUCAUUGUCAAAACUGGAAAUGCAGAUUAAAAAAAAUGAAAAACUUCCUAGAGAGAAAAGACAUAGUAUGCAUGGUGAAGAAUCAAGUGAAAAUUCUAUGCUUAAACAUCAAGAUUCAGUGUCAAAAAUCCAAGUGCAAUUAGAGAAACAAGAAACUUCUGAAGGAGAAGGAUGUAGCAUACCAGAUAAAAAUUCUAUGUUUGUUCAUCAAGAUUCAGUGUCAAAACUCCAAAUGCAAGAAAAGAAAAAAGUAACUCCUGGAAGGGAAAGGCGUAAUACUCAUAUUGUAGUACCAAAUGAAAAUGUGGUUUCUAUUCAUCAAGAUUCAAAGUCAAAACUCCAAAUGCAAGAAAAGAAACAAAUAAAUCCCGGAGUGGAAAAGCACAAAACAUUUCCUUUUGAAAUCCAAAAAAAGGAUAUAUCACUUGAGCAUCUGUUGCCUAAGGAGAAAGUUUUAUUAUCAAGAAGAGAAUCUCAAACCAAGAAACUUCAAGCUAAAGUAACUUCAAGAAAAAUUACAAAUGAAGCAGCCUCAGAACUUCCAAAUACAGCAGAAAAUCUUCCAGCAGUGUACCCAUCAAUUAGCGACCUAAUAAUUCGAUUGGAUUUAAACAAAGUGGUCGAGACUGAUAUAGAAAGCUUGAGAGGUGCUUUGGGAAGACGCUUAUUAAAUGAUGAAUUCAAGACACAGUCAAAGAGUUUCCCUGGGUCUGAAAUAAAAAAAUUGACAGAUGCAUUUGGAAGAGAUAUACUAAAGGAUGAAUUCAAGACACGAUCAAAGAGUUUCCCUGAGACUGAUGAACGAUUGCGUAGUGCAACUGAGAGAGGUACAAUAAAUAAUGCGAUGAAGACACAGUUAAAGAGAAAGAGUUACCCUGAGACUGGCCUAAAACACUUGAAAGGUGUUAAUGAAAAAGAUAUAAUAAAACAUCUAAUCAACAUACAGUCAAAGAGGCAAGCAGAGACUGAUAAGGAACACUUGGCAGAUGCUAUUGGAAGAGGUAUAAUAAAGGGAUCAAUCAAUGCACAACUAAAAGGUCACCAGGAGACUGAUAAGAACUUCUUUGCAUAUGCUAUUGGAAGAGGUGUAAGGAAGGAGUCAAUCAAGACACAAUUAAAAAGUCACCCAGAGACUGAUAGGGAAUUCUUGGCAGAUGCUGUUGGAAGAGGUAUAAUAAUAGGGCCAAUCAUUACACAACUGAAGAGUCACCAAGAGACUGAUAAAGAACUCUUAAAAGAUGCUAUUGGAAGAGAUAUAAUAAAGGAACCAAUCAAUGCACAAUUAAAGAGUCACCAGGAGACUGAUGUAGAACCCUUGACAAAUGCUAUUGGUUCAAGUAAAACAAUUGGUGAGAUAAAGACACAACUAAGGACUCACUAUGAUGUGAACUUAUUUAAAAACAAAGAUAUGUCCGUACAACGUCAAGAAGGUAUCUUCACUAGGAGCAUUACACCAAGUAAAUUCCCAACAAAAGUGAUCAAUUUAUCACCCUUUGAAAAUAAAGAGGAAACUUAUGAGUACUCUUCACCCUAUAUGAUUGCACCUUCAAAAGCAGUUUAUAGAACAUAUAGGGCUAGUUCAAGCUUUUCUAAAGACAUCCAUCUUCCUUUACUGAAUCAACUCCCUUCAGGGCAUUCGAAAGUUGUUACCUUAAACCAAAAAACUAUUGAAUUUGCUCUGCCUCCUGUGACCAACACAAUUGGAAAACCCACCUAUAAAGAACGUCUCUUUACCAUAUGGAACAAUUUUGAACUUCUAAGAUCAAGCCUUUCUGUUGCUGAGAGAAAGAAAGGAGCUCUGUGUUGAGGUUCCAGCUUGCUUCUAUUCGCCAGUGUCCCUGUAGUGCUUUCUGGUGUGAUGUAAAAUCAAUUAAACAAAACUUGUGCUCUGCAUGUUUUGAAAA